CCGUAAACAUCCCAAACGUCACUUCCGGUUAUUAUUUUGACAGCAAAACACUGCAACAUUUUGCAAUACUAAUCUCUGGUCCCCAUUAUAUGGGUAUUUUUUCUUUUAACACCUUUUGUGUUUUUUUGCGUCACAUUUAUUAGUUCAUUUUACUUGUGUGGUGGAAUUGGCAAUAUUCGGAAAGAGAUCAGUAUUCUGGUUCUAGCUAGCGGAAGAUGAAGGUCCCGAGCGAUGAAAAUGAGGUGGUGGAGGAAGGCAGUAGCAGUUCAACACCGGUAGACGACUCCGACAACGAGGAAAUUCCACCUUAUCUACGCGAAGAACCUCCUGAAGACGGCGAGAAGGACCACCCUAAGACCGAGGCGGGGGUCAUCUGGAGGGUGACCGGCGGUCUCUUCAACAUGACCAGAGGGGCGGUCGGCGCGACAUGGGGAGGCGUGGCCUGGGUGGGCUGUAAGAGCUAUGACAUCACCAAGACGGUGGUGACCAGCGUGCCGGCCGCCGGCGUGGGAUUAGUCAAAGGGGGCGUUUCCGUGGUGACGGGAGGAGUUGGAGCAGUAGGGUCCGCAGUAGCCAGUAAAGUGACACCGAAGAAAAAGGAUAAGUCGGAUUAGGCCUAGACCCAACUACCACCCCAAUCUAUGUGUCCUUCAUUAUCUGUCUGCUGUGCAUGGGAUCCAUCUGGUUACUGAUGGUAACGAUUCAGAGUUGAGAUAAGCCCAAGUACCUUGGAUUUCCACGUAAAUCAUUCAACGACAUCAAUGGGGAAACUUGCGUGAAAAGCCGAGUUAAGCUUGCGGAUCUCAAGUCAGUUUUAUUAUCCAGUUUUAUUAUCUUUACGUUGGUAUGAAAACCAAGUGAAAGGUCCUUUUACACAGCUUAAUUUCACCAGUUUGACAUCGGUGAUUGGAGAACACACACCAAAAAAGACGUGUGUAUGUGAAGAUGUACAGAGUGUGUAUUAUAAUAGAUAUGUGAAUAAAAGGUACGUGGAUCCUAUUGAUGCAGAUAGAGAAGGUAGGAGAGGGACUUUGCAGUCUUGAAACUCCAUUGCAACUUGGAUUUUAUUUUAUUUUAUUGUACAACAGGUGAGGGGAUUUUUUUUUUUUUUUUGGGAGUUGGAGACCUGUUAAAUAAAGCGUGUUAUUGCAUAGAAACGGAUCUAAAAACAUCCUGAAAGACACCUUUUUGUAUACAUGUUACUUAUAUCAGCAGAGGUCCUGGGGUGUUUAAAGAAAUGAAGCACCAUUUCACCACCAACGAAACACACGUACGUAAGGUCAAGGGUCAUAGUUCAUGCCUGCAUGGCAAAUGUCACCCUAUUCCCUUUAUAGUGCAUUACUUUUUACCAGGGCCCUCUUGUUUAAAAGUAGUGCGCUAUAUAGGGAAUAGGGUGCCAUGCGGGACUCAUGCUAUUUCAUUCACUUGUAUGGACUUUCCUCAAAUCUAUAUGUAUGUGCCUACCUGUACAAUGUACACACAUUAGAUAGAUAAGUACUGUUAGUUGAUAGUUCACACUGACAUUCCCGGAGUAUGAGGGCCAGUUGAAAACGAACCUGCUUUUUCUUUCCACGAAUCCCAUUCACUUCUGGGUGCCAAUAUGUUUGGCAUGAAAAUGAGUUGACAAGAUGCCAGAAACAGAUCUGGGUACAGGCUAAUUCAUUUCCACAUGGUUUACAUUGUUAUCAUAGUGCUGAAUUACUGUCCAUUCUGAUGAGACAUUAGGUGUACACCAAUCUAUUUUUUGGUUAUCUUUUUGUUCUUUUUUUUUGUAUUUCAAUGUUCACUAGAAAGAGAACACUCUUGGCAUGGUAUUUCAACGCCCUUACUUUAAGCACCGCAUGCUUCCUUUUUCCCUUCUUCCUGUUUAUUAUUACCACAAGUCUUGCCUAUUUCAUUUGAUGCUUUUUCCUCUUGUCCUGUCUAUUUACUGUUUUCCUCGUCUCUUACUUCUGCUAGUUAAUAUAUGUAUUGGGGACUCUGUUACUAUAACCUGAAGUGUGUUCCAAAUUACACCCGCUUCCCUAUUUAGUGCAGCACUUUUGACCAGGGCCCAUAGGGGCUUUGGUCAAAAGUAGUGCACUGUGUAGGGAAUAGGGUGCAAUUUGGGACGCAUACCUGGACCUUUAAGACCUUUAAGUAGAUUUUUCUCUAUGAUAGAACUAUUUUUGCAAAAACUGAUGCUGUAUUCUAUAAAUAAAGCUACUCUGUAUUUGAAUUCA